GGCCGCGGGAGGCGGCGCGGGGCGGCUGAGAGCGGCUGAGCCCCGGGGCCUUCGCUUCGCCCCGUCCCGUGCGCGCCCCGCGCCCGCCGCCCGAGCGGCACCAUGUCGGCCAAGGUGCGGCUGAAGCGGCUGGAGCAGCUGGUGCUGGACGGGCCGCAGCGGCACGACAGCGUGCUGAGCGUGGAGACCCUGCUCGACCUCCUGGUCGGCGUCUACGCCGAGUGCAGCCGCGACUCGCCGCUCCGCCGCGACCGAUACGUGUCCGACUUCCUCGAGUGGGCCAAACCAUUUACAAAGUUGGUAAAAGAAAUGCAACUCCAUCGAGAUGACUUUGAAAUUAUAAAAGUGAUUGGAAGAGGUGCAUUUGGAGAGGUUGCAGUUGUUAAAAUGAAGUGUACAGAGCGCAUUUAUGCAAUGAAAAUCCUAAAUAAAUGGGAAAUGCUUAAAAGGGCAGAGACAGCUUGCUUCCGAGAGGAGAGAAAUGUCCUGGUGAAUGGAGAUUGUCAGUGGAUUACUACAUUGCACUAUGCCUUUCAAGAUGAGAACUAUUUGUAUCUAGUGAUGGACUACUAUGUUGGUGGUGACUUGCUGACACUUCUCAGUAAGUUUGAAGACAAGCUUCCUGAAGAUAUGGCUAGGUUCUACAUUGGUGAAAUGGUGCUUGCUAUACAUUCCAUACAUGAGCUGCAUUAUGUGCACAGGGACAUAAAGCCUGAUAAUGUUCUUUUGGACAUGAACGGCCACAUACGACUGGCAGACUUUGGGUCCUGUCUGAAAAUGAGUGAAGAUGGCACAGUACAGUCAUCAGUAGCAGUGGGUACUCCUGACUACAUCUCUCCUGAGAUACUGCAAGCAAUGGAAGAUGGAAUGGGGAAAUAUGGGCCUGAGUGUGACUGGUGGUCACUGGGUGUCUGCAUGUAUGAAAUGCUCUAUGGUGAAACACCCUUCUAUGCAGAGUCACUGGUGGAAACCUAUGGGAAGAUUAUGAAUCAUGAAGAACGAUUUCAGUUUCCAUCCCAUGUUACAGAUGUAUCUGAAGAAGCAAAAGAUCUUAUUCAGAGACUUAUCUGCAGCAGAGAGCGUAGGCUGGGACAAAAUGGAAUAGAGGAUUUUAAAUCUCAUGCAUUUUUUGAAGGACUUAAUUGGGACAACAUCCGAAACCUAGAAGCACCUUACAUUCCAGAAGUCAGCAGUCCUUCUGACACCUCAAACUUUGAUGUAGAUGAUGAUGUACUAAGAAAUCCAGAAGUGGUGCCACCAAGUUCUCAUACAGGCUUUUCUGGGCUGCAUUUGCCAUUCGUUGGGUUUACAUACACAACGGACAGCUCUUUAUCUGAUAGAGGCACUUUAAAGAGUGUGCUGCAGUCUGACACUGUAACCAAAGACACGGAGGUACAGCGAGACUUAAAGAACACUUCACAAAUAGAAGUCUAUGAAAAGAAAAUACGGAAAUUAGAGCAAGAAAAGCAAGACUUGAACAGACAACUGCAAGAAUCUGCACAGACAGUGCAGAACCUCCAAGGUCCAGUGUGUGUUACAGCCAAUACAAGCCGUGAUAAGGAGAUUAAAAAAUUAAAUGAAGAAAUUGAACGGUUGAAGAACAAAUUAACAGAUAUAAGUAAACUGGAAGCACAGCUUGCAGAUGCAGUGGCUUUUCGACAAGAGCAUGAAGACUCCAUACACAAGUUGAAAGGACUGGAAAAGCAGUGCAGAGUACUGAGGCAAGAAAAGGAGGACCUUCAUAAGCAACUUGUAGAAGCCUCCGAGAGAUUAAAGAUGCAGUCCAAAGAGCUGAGGGAUGCCCACCAGCAAAGGAAGCUGGCUGUGCAGGAGUUCUCUGAGCUCAGUGAGAGGAUGGGGGACCUGCGCUCCCAGAAGCAGAAGCUGUCCCGGCAGCUCCGCGACAAGGAGGAGGAGCUGGAAGUGAGCAUGCAGAGAAUCGACGCUCUGCGCCAGGACGUCCGAAAGUCUGAGAAGAUGAGAAAAGAGCUGGAAGCCCAACUGGAAGAAGUCGUAGCAGAAGCAUCAAAAGAACGCAAGCUCCGUGAGCACAGUGAGGUUUUCUCCAAACAACUGGAAAAUGAACUGGAAGCUCUAAAGUUGAAGCAGGGAGGCCGGGCAGCUGGUGCCACGCUGGAACAUCAGCAGGAGCUUUCCAAAGUUAAGUCUGAGCUGGAAAAGAAAAUCUUGUUUUAUGAAGAGGAGUUGGUCCGACGAGAAGCGUCACAUGUUUUGGAAGUGAAAAAUGUGAAAAAGGAAGUACAUGAUUCAGAGAGCCAUCAGCUUGCACUCCAGAAAGAGAUCAUGAUCUUAAAAGAUAAAUUAGAAAAAACAAAGCGAGAGAGGCACAGUGAAAUGGAGGAAGCAGUAGGAACAAUGAAGGAGAAAUACGAACGUGAAAGAUCUAUGCUCUUGGAAGAUAACAAAAAAUUAACAACAGAAAAUGAGAGGCUCUGCUCCUUCGUGGACAAGCUAACAGCACAGAACAGACAGCUGGAAGAUGAGCUCCAAGAUCUAGCAGCAAAGAAGGAGUCUGUUGCUCACUGGGAAGCUCAGAUUGCAGAAAUCAUUCAAUGGGUAAGUGAUGAGAAGGAUGCUCGUGGCUAUCUCCAAGCAUUAGCUUCCAAGAUGACAGAAGAACUGGAAUCGCUGAGAAGUUCCAGUCUGGGGUCACGAACACUGGAUCCCCUGUGGAAGGUGCGCCGCAGUCAGAAGUUGGACAUGUCAGCAAGGCUGGAAUUGCAGUCAGCCCUUGAUGCUGAAAUUCGUGCCAAACAACUGGUUCAAGAAGAGCUACGGAAAGUGAAAGAUGCAAACAUAUCUUUUGAAAGUAAAUUAAAGGAAUCAGAAGCAAAAAAUAGAGAACUGUUGGAAGAGAUGGAAGGUUUGAAGAAAAAAAUGGAAGAAAAGUACAGAACAGAUUCAGGUCUCAAACUUCCAGACUUUCAAGAUUCCAUUUUUGACUAUUUCAACACCUCUCCUCUUGCACGUGAUUUGACUUUCAGAGAUUCUGUUUCUUCUUCGUCUACAUCUUCUCUGCUAGCCUUUUGGGAAGAAACCAGCUCUAUUAGUGAGCAGGAAAUGCAGGGUUCCAAGUCAGAGGUUUCACCAUCUACUUCAGUUGUAACUGCAGAGCAGCAACAAGAACCUAAAGCUCACCAGCUCAAUAUCAAGUCAUUCACCAGCCCCACUCAGUGUAGUCAUUGCACCUCUCUCAUGGUGGGAUUAGUUCGACAAGGUUAUGCCUGUGACGUGUGUUCAUUUGCAUGCCAUGUUUCCUGCAAGGACAGUGCACCUCAGGUCUGCCCUAUACCCCCUGAACAAGCCAAAAGGCCUCUUGGAGUAGAUGUGCAAAGAGGAAUAGGAACAGCCUACAAAGGUUAUGUCAAGGUCCCAAAGCCUACAGGAGUUAAGAAAGGGUGGCAGAGGGCUUAUGCAGUUGUCUGUGACUGUAAACUGUUCUUAUAUGAUGUGCCUGAAGGAAAAUCCACCCAGCCUGGAGUUGUGGCAAGUCAAGUCUUGGAUCUCAGAGAUGAAGAUUUUUGUGUGAGCUCUGUCCUGGCCUCAGAUGUAAUACACGCAACCCGGAAAGACAUCCCGUGUAUAUUCAGGGUGACAGCUUCUCUCUUAGGUUUGCCUUCAAAGUCUUGUUCUCUACUGAUCCUGACAGAAAAUGAGAAUGAAAAGAGAAAGUGGGUUGGAAUCCUAGAAGGGUUGCAGUCUAUCCUGCACAAAAACAGGCUGAGGAACCAGGUUGUGCAUAUUCCACAAGAAGCCUAUGACAGUACACUGCCUCUUAUUAAAGCAAGUUUAGCUGCUGCUAUUGUAGAUCGAGAUAGAAUUGCAAUUGGCUCAGAAGAAGGACUGUAUGUGAUAGAGGUGACCCGUGAUGUGAUAGUCCGAGCUGCUGACUGCAAGAAGGUGUACCAGAUAGAGCUUGCUCCCAAAGAAAAAAUCAUCAUCCUCAUCUGUGGUCGGAACCAUCACGUCCACCUUUACCCCUGGGCCUCUCUGGAUGGGUCAGAAGGGAACUUUGACAUUAAGCUUGCAGAAACUAAAGGCUGCCAAUUGAUUACAACUGGAACACUAAAGAAGAGUUCUUCUACUUGUUUGUUUGUGGCUGUCAAACGACAGGUUUUUUGCUAUGAAAUUCACAGAACUAAACCUUUCCACAAAAAAUUCAGUGAAAUUCAGGCUCCAGGAAUUGUACAGUGGAUGACAGUGUUCAAGGACAAGCUCUGUGUUGGCUACCAGUCUGGGUUCUCUCUGUUGACCAUCCAGGGAGAUGGACAAUCUAUAAACCUGGUAAAUCCUAAUGACCCCUCGCUUAUCUUCCUCUCCCAGCAGUCUUUUGAUGCCCUUUGUGCUGUGGAGCUCAGUAAUGAGGAAUUCCUGCUUUGCUUCAGCCAUAUGGGAGUUUACGUCGAUUCGCAAGGUCGAAGGUCACGCAUGCAGGAGCUAAUGUGGCCUGCAACUCCUGUUGCCUGUAGUUGCAAUUCUUCAUAUGUAACAGUGUAUAGCGAGUAUGGUGUUGAUGUGUUUGAUGUUAACACUAUGGAAUGGGUCCAGACUAUUGGCCUGAGAAGGAUCAGACCAUUAAACAUGGAUGGCACACUGAACCUCCUUAACUGUGAGCCACCAAGGUUAAUAUAUUUCAAGAACAAGUUUUCAGCAGGAGCUGGCCUCAGUGUACCAGAAACCUCUGACAACAGCAAGAAGCAAAUGCUCAGGACCAGGAGCAAAAGAAGAUUCGUAUUCAAGGUUCCCGAGGAAGAGCGGUUACAGCAAAGGAGGGAAAUGCUUAGAGACCCUGAGCUAAGGUCAAAGAUGAUUUCUAACCCAACGAAUUUCAACCACGUGGCUCACAUGGGACCAGGAGAUGGAAUGCAGGUCCUCAUGGACCUCCCACUGGGUUUGUGUCUGUUACUGAAAAUAUGUGGAUGUGGUCAAAGUGUCCUACCUCCUGCCCAGGAUGAAAAAUCCUGUCAGUCUUCAGCCAACCUGUCACGGCAGCAGCAGCAGCAGAGAAACAAAACCUACAUCUCAUGGCCCUCCUCAAGUGGCAGCGAUGUGGGAGCAGCCAUGCCUUCCCGAAGCAUGUCCGACCCCGACCAGGAGUUUGACAAAGAGCCUGAUUCAGACUCCACCAAACACUCUACUCCUUCGAACAGCUCAAAUCCAAGUGGUCCCCCAAGUCCCAACUCUCCUCAUAGGAAUCAGCUUACGCUGGACGGGCUGGACCAGUCGACCUGUGACGCGUAA